GGCGGGGCCUGGGCCGGGGAGCUCCAGAGCCAGAGAUUUCACAUCGGAAAUAAAACAGCCGCUGCUCACGAAAGAACCUCGGGUGCGAGCGGGCGGCGGCGGCGGCGGCGGCGGCGGCGGCGGCGGCGAGGAAGGAGUAGACCUAAUCCGGGAAGGAGUCUGCAAGUGACAGCUGGCGAGGUCCUUAGAAAGCUUGGCCUGGAGGAGAACACAUGAAAGAAAGGACCCCAAGAGACUUUGUUUUCUGUGAAAAGGUGUUUCUGUACAGUUGCUCCAAUGACAGAGUUACCUGCACCCUUGUCCUACUUCCAGAAUGCACAGAUGUCCGAGGACAACCACUUAAGCAGUACUGUACGUAGCCAGAAUGACGGUAAAGACCGGCAUGAGCACGGCAGCGAAAGGCGGAGGCGGGGCAACCCUGAGCCGUUGUCUAAUGGAGGACCCCAGGGUAACGCACUGCAGGUGGUGGAACAAGAUGAAGAAGAAGAUGAGGAGCUGACACUGAAAUAUGGCGCCAAACAUGUGAUCAUGCUCUUUGUCCCCGUGACUCUCUGUAUGGUGGUAGUGGUGGCUACCAUCAAAUCAGUCAGCUUUUAUACCCGGAAUGAUGGGCAGUUGAUUUAUACUCCGUUCACAGAAGACACCGAGACUGUGGGCCAGAGAGCCCUGCACUCGAUCCUGAAUGCUGCCAUCAUGAUCAGUGUCAUUGUUGUCAUGACCAUUCUCCUGGUGGCUCUGUACAAAUAUAGGUGCUACAAGGUCAUCCAUGCCUGGCUUAUUAUUUCAUCUCUAUUACUGCUGUUCUUUUUCUCAUUCAUUUAUUUGGGGGAAGUGUUUAAAACCUACAACGUUGCCAUGGACUAUAUCACUGUUGCACUCCUGAUCUGGAAUUUUGGCGUGGUGGGAAUGAUUGCCAUUCAUUGGAAAGGCCCUCUGCGACUCCAGCAGGCCUAUCUCAUCAUGAUCAGCGCCCUCAUGGCCUUGGUGUUUAUCAAGUACCUCCCAGAAUGGACUGCGUGGCUCAUCUUGGCGGUGAUUUCAGUAUAUGAUUUAGUGGCUGUUUUGUGUCCAAAAGGCCCACUUCGUAUGCUGGUUGAAACAGCUCAGGAGAGAAAUGAAACUCUAUUUCCAGCCCUCAUUUACUCCUCAACGAUGGUGUGGCUGGUGACUAUGGCGAAAGGAGACCCAGAAGCCCAAAGGAAAGUGUCCAAAAACUCCAAUUAUAAUGCACAAGGCACAGAGAGUGAGUCCCAAGACCCCGUGGCAGAGAAUGAUGAUGGUGGCUUCAGUGAAGAGUGGGAGGCCCAGAGGGACAGCCGCCUGGGCCCCCACCACUCUACAACGGAGUCGCGAGCUGCCGUGCAGGAGCUCUCCAGCAGCAUCGUCGCCAGCGAGGACCCCGAGGAAAGGGGAGUGAAACUUGGAUUAGGAGAUUUCAUUUUCUACAGUGUUCUAGUCGGUAAAGCUUCUGCAACAGCCAGUGGAGAUUGGAACACAACCAUAGCCUGUUUUGUAGCCAUAUUAAUUGGCCUGUGCCUUACAUUACUACUCCUCGCCAUUUUCAAGAAAGCGCUGCCGGCUCUUCCCAUCUCCAUCACCUUCGGGCUGGUUUUCUACUUCGCCACAGAUUACCUUGUGCAGCCCUUUAUGGACCAGUUAGCAUUCCAUCAAUUUUAUAUUUAGCGGAUUUGUGAUUAGACUCCCAUGGAUUUUUCUCCUUUAACUAUAAUAAAACCUGGAAGGACAAACUUGAUUUUCCUGUGUCCACACCUAACAAAGUCAAGAUUGCCAGCUGGAUUUUUUGCAGCUUCCUUCCAAGUCUUCCCGACCACCUGCACUACUGGGUACUGGAAGGAGGUGUCUACAGAAAAUGGUUCUGAACAUACAUUACUGUGGUGGACGGACGGAGUCCCUUGGUGCAGAAACCACCAGAUCUGCGGGACAAGGCCGAGGAAAAGCGAUGGGCCGAGGCGCCGCCGUGCUGCCACCAGCAGGCUGAUGCUUGGCCCACGCGGCUUCCAUCAGCACUGCAGACUCUCAGGACUACCGUUACCAAGGUUAAAUGAAGGGGUUUAAACCAAACAGGACUCGUCAUCUUAAAUCACACGUUGAAAAUCAGCCUACUAAGUCUAUACUCAAUUCUAAACCUUUUCAGGAGGUACUGUAAGGAGAGCAGGUACCAGCAGCAAAAUGGAAAGGUGGAAAGGGGUUCAGAUUUUCACUUUCAGACUUUUUGCUGCCGACUUACCAUUUUUAAAUAAGACUCUUUUUUCACCUUGAGUCAAGUCAGAUGUAUAAGUUGAUUUUGACACUCUUUGUUCUCGAGCACUGACUCAUCCCCAUCUAUGGUUGCCAUUUGCUCCCGAGGCCAGUGUGGGUUUCUCUGAGGUUGCUUUGUCUUAAAAGUCUUAACCUCAGGUUCCAAAUGCAGUGAUUUCUGGAAAUAAUGGAACUCUAACUCAGCAAUUCUCUAUCACCCUUAGGUAAAUUCUGGUUUAUCCCAAAUUCCUAAUUUUUAGACAUAGUCCUAGGUUUGCUGGCCCUCAAAGCCUUCUGUCCCCCAUCUCUCCCUUUGCCCCCCCCCCUAAGCAGUUCUUUCAUACAGCAGACAAGACAGCUCAGCUCUGUCGUGGUAGCAGAUGAUCCCACUAUUCUAGGAUUUUACUUUGCGUGGUGCGAAGACUGUGUUACGAAUCAGUGCUAUCAGCCGUGCUCUCUGAUUUCUUCAGUAGCAAAUACAACGAAACCCAAAGACAGUAGCAUUAAAGAAGAGUGAAAUGGCUGGGGAAGCACUUUCUGUCCUGGUUUUUCUUUUUGCAGUACAACCCAUUGUCUCUGAUAGUAGGUCAGAAUUUAAAACAAUAGCCAGAAGCCACUGGUUUAUAAAGUUGUGAAUGAAGUGUAUCAGUACAAAGCAAGAAUCUGGAGAAAGCCGUGACUGCGCUUGGUGAGCUGGGGGAGAAGCAGGUGCCAACGGAAGAAAGAAGGGUCCUCCAGCAGCCGUGGGACAAAAUGAGCUGAUGUCCUGUGGGCAGAUGUGAAGGAGGAGAUCCAGAUUAUUCCUCAAGGACCUCUCAGUGCGUGUUGUGUGGCUUCCCUCCUGCCUGACCUUUGGUUUCAGUGGACCUUCGUGUGAGUUGGGCAGUGGAGCCCGGGCCCGUGCAGUUCCAUUGGACGGUGAACAUAAACAGAGCCAUCACCUGUGGGCGCGCACACCUCUACGGGAAGCUUUGCUGGGCACAGCCCUUCCUUUACCACAGGCAGCCCUUCGCCGUGGUGACCGGACUGUAAGCGUCUGUGAGAAAAGCUUGGUUCCUCCGUGUGGCUGGAGAAAGACCAGCUCUUCCUUUCUCCUGCUUUCUCUCGGCCUCUCGGUCUCAUUUGGGAUUGGUUCUUGGAGUUCAGAGUAUUUGUUUUCUGUCGUGGAGUAUUCUUUAGAAACUAACUUCAGGCUUAGUGUGCUGGUCCUAACGAACCUGAGUGUGGGCAGAGACUGGCUCACGCCGGGCAGUUGAGAACUGCAGGAGAAAUAAGUUGUGCGAAGAAAGAGGCUGGGAGUAGUAGGUUCUCUCAUCUCUGUUUUGUUUUUUUUUAGCCCCCUUUUCCAAGAUUCUCUUUUUCCCUGCAGACCUGUGGCACCAUGGGUAUUCUAGAAAUGCGCACGAUUCAACAGCUACAGCAGAGCCACCUGAGUACCAGCUUGUGGUCUGAAGCCGUCUCGAGGGCUGAUCUCGAGUAGUCCAUCUGCGAGGGCAUCUUUCGUGAAAGGCUCCUCCGAAGAGGCUGUGUGGUGUGCGUGUGUGUGCGCGCGAACCCACCCUUUGUCUGUGUCCUGUGUCGAAAGGUGGUGACAAAUCUGCCCCUUUCUACAAGACAGAACCACAUCUCAGCGUAGAGAGAACACAUCUUAUUUCUUUAAAUCACCGAUCUCAGGCACAGAACUUUCUCUUCAGAUUUUCUUUUUAGAAUCAAUUCAGUUGUUUAUUGAAGGUAUCAAAAUGCUGGUCUUCCACCAUGAAAAACCAAUUGUCACUAGAGAGAGAAAAGUAAAAAUUCCACUAAGGACAUGCCCUCACGUGGCUGGGGUGGCUGUGGGGCCCGUCAACAGCAAGGAUCAAGCGUGACCAGCCACGCCAACCCCGCUCAGCGGGAAGAGGGAAGACGGCAGGAAAAGGUGUCCACCGGUGUCCGUCUGACCGACCUUCAGAAUGAAGCGUGUUUGUGUGCAGAGUGGUGCUACAGACUAGCCUGUGCAUGUACCAAGGGCUCACUUCUCUGUUCUUGAUUCUCAGGAGGUUCGUGUGUAGUCUCAGCAUCAUGGCUCUCACUGUCAGUGAUUAAUUUGCCAGAAGUAGAAGCUUUCGAAGCAGCUUGAAACAUUCAUAACUGAGCAAAUUACUGAUUUCACUCUAGAAGCAGCAACUAAACAGGUGGUGUUUUUCCUCUUAAAUGCUCGGAUCCCCAUUUCUAAAAGUUUCCCUUGGUUUUAAAAACCCUCCUUCUGUAGUAGAUGCUCGAACAAAUAAUACGUUCAGUGCUUUCCUUUUCUUGGCUUCAAAGAGCCCUCCAUAAGUAGCCUCGUUCAUAAUUUGUAGAAUGUGAGGUCGAAGUUAGGCUUCCACAUAAGGCCUUCCGGGUCAGGGUCUGUAGGGAGCCUCUGAUUUGGGCCCCCACCCCCGGUGCCCAGCCUUGCAUGUUCCCGCAUUUGCCAUCUGGCCCUGGAAGGAAAAGUCUAGAUGUCACUAUGAAAAGAAGAGUUCAGGCUCUUCCAUGCUGCUGGAGUGUAAAGACGCAGACAAAUAAGCUCCGCCCUCAGAGUGCAGCUGCCAUCCCUUCCUUUCCGGUGUGCACCAUCUUCUCCGAAAUACUGGGUGCUUGUCAGGGACCCCCUCACGGUUGCUGUUACUGAGGGCUUACAGAACUGAUGCUAGAAAGGUGAUUUGAUUCUUCCUGAAACCCAUCCUUAAAGUACUCCUUUUUCUUUAAGUUUGCCUUUGGCUAGUCGAUGAAGAGCGGUUGGCCCACUGUUAGGAACCCUCACCUCCAAGGGCACCCCGAACGUUGGGUCUGGGGAGAGACUUGAAGACUGGACAUUGGGUUUUGCCCUGGAAAGAAACAGUGUCACCAUCAUAAGUUUGGGCCCAGAAGUGAUCCUUGUAAUCUCCCUGUGUUUUAACUCCCCAAACACAGGAGGUGAAAAACAACAGUUUCAGCCCUUCAUGCCCCUUUUGAAAUUGCCGAGCUGCAUGUACCAACAAAGCUGCCGGCAUGCUCGCGUUCCCAAACUACCCAGACAGCCUGAUCUGAACAGCCCUCCCUUCUGGGGGAAACACCUCAGGUUUGUGUAUUAAAAAUUAGCCUGGAGCCCUGGCUGGUGUGGCUGGAGUGCCAGCCUGUGAACCAAAAGGUCACCAGUUAGAUUCCUGGUCAGGACACCUGCCUGGGUUGUGGGCCAGGCCCCCAGUAGGGGGAGAUGCAUGAGGCAACCAAUCAACGUGUCUCACACAUUGGUGUUUCUCUCCCUCUCCCUCCCUUCCCCUCUAAAUAAAUAAGCAAAUAAAUAAAAUAUUUUUAAAAAAUCAGCCUGGAGCUGAAAUGAACACCUCAAAGCCCCUCAAACCUCCAAAUGAACCCCAGGGCCUCGGGCAGCUGCAACAUUCCCCUGAGGAGGUAGCCAGGUCCGCCCUGGGCCCUGGAGUGUGGUGUGAGCACUUCAGUCCGAUCUGAGUAACAGGGAAGAUUUCCCAGAAAGCAAUUUUCCUUUUAAAAUAAACAGUUGUUGCAACAGGGCAGCUUCAAACUCGACUGUCGGGAGUGGCGAGUGCGGGGCUGUCCGUUCUCCCGAGUGACCGGCGGGCUGGGAGGCUGAUUCAGGGGGUCAUUUGCGCUCACGUGCUGCUUGUCUGGCUUUUGCUUCUACAGACACCGCUUUGUACAUGAUUCAGACUGUGAAUACAUCUUUUUAAAAGAUCUUUCAAAUUCUUGUUAAGAUAAUAUUUUGAUAGAUGACUGCAGAUUUUCUUGUAUUUAUCAAACGAAUAAAGCCCGCAUGAAUGCA